CCCGGGACCGAGAAAAGACGCAAAAUGUUGGGAAGACACGGCGGGUCGGUCAGCGCCCGUGGAGCGAGAAACGGAGUGGAAGGCUUGGGUCCGUGAUCUCCCGCCGGGACGGCGCGUUUGUUCGUACAGUGCAGAGUCAUACAGCACGGAAAUAGGCCAUUCGGCCCAACACUCAUGUUUACCCAGAUCUCCAUCCAAGCUACUGACUGGGAUAAGAAGAGCCAGUUCAGAAUGGGGCAGUUUUAAUAAUGACUGGGUUGUAUUGAGGAUCAACAGGACCAGGUAAACGUGGAGCCUUAAACUGCCCGGGCGAGUUACAACGUUCGGUUGAGUCUUGCUGUGCUCCGCCAGUGGCAGGGGUAAUGGCUACCCGCAAGGGGUGCUUCUGCCCGAACGAGGACAAUGCUCGCUUUGUCCUCCUGGCAUCGCUGAUUGGCGUGUACCUGGUGUGUGGCGCCGCGAUCUUCUCGGCCAUCGAGCGGGACAAGGAGGUGGAAUCGCAACGCCGGUGGGCGCAGCGGAGGGAGAACUUCAGCCGGAGGUACAACAUCAGCCGGCCCGAGCUCAGCGUCUUCCUGCGGCACUACGAGGAAGCCGGGAUGGCCGGGGUGCGGGUGGACGAGACCCGGCCCCGCUGGGACUUCGCCGGCUCCUUCUACUUCGUGGGCACCGUGGUCUCCACCAUAGGUUUUGGGAUGACCACUCCGGCCACCGCUGCCGGGAAGAUCUUCCUCAUAUUCUAUGGCCUGGUGGGCUGCGCGGCCACCAUCCUCUUCUUCAACCUCUUUCUGGAGCGGCUGAUCACCGUGCUGGCCUACAUACUGAAGACCUGCCACGAGAGGCAGCUGAGGCGCAGCGGAGUGCGGCCGCAGCUGGACUGCCAGAACGGUGGGGCCAGGCUUGGGGCUAGGACUGACAGCCUGGCUGGCUGGAAGCCCUCCGUCUACUACGUCAUGCUGAUCCUCGGCUUGGCCGCCCUCACCAUCUCCUGCUGUGCCUCGGCCAUGUACACUCCCGUGGAGGGCUGGAGUUACAUGGACUCCAUCUACUUCUGCUUUGUGGCCUUUAGCACCAUAGGUUUUGGCGAUCUUGUCAGCAGUCAGAACAGGAGGUACGACCAUCAGGGAUUCUACCGCUUUGCCAACUUUCUCUUCAUCCUGAUGGGAGUGUGUUGUAUUUAUUCACUGUUCAAUGUUAUAUCCAUUGUUAUUAAGCAGUUCCUCAACUGUACCUUGAGGAGGCUGGAGUGUAGAUGCUGUCAACGGUGUCAGCGGAAACUCCUCCAGCCAGGCCGUAACACAGUGAUGCCCAGCGUUCUCCGUGCCCGGCGGAAGGCUUCCGCCGAGAGCAACAUGGCUGACUGCCGCAGGCAGUCCGGAGAGAUGAUCUCCAUCCGCGAUUUCCUGGCCGCCAACAAGGUCUCGCUGGCCAUCAUGCAGAAGCAGCUGAUGGAGACGGCGAGCGGGCACCCGCGGGCAAGCGGCCCUAGCCCCCGCCCCAACGACUUUAGCGAGGGGGUCGGAGCGCUCGCCAUCAUGAACAACAGGCUGGUGGAGACCAGCAUGGACAGAUGAAACCAGAUCCGGCCUUUGUGAUUGCUGAGACUUUCCCCAGAUGAUAAUUAAAUACUGUUCGAUUAUUA